AUGUUAAACUACAAUCUUCUGUUUUAACUAAUGGCAUCAUUUGUAAGGGAUUGUUUGUUCUGUUUGCUUCCAUCGCUGCUACUUCUGCUGCUGUCUCUGACUCUCCGCUGGCCCAGGGCACGUUGUUGGACGAGGCUGGCAGUCAAGGCUGCAGGCUGGAGACUCUGGGUCUUUAUUUGCCUGAUUCUGAAGCUGCCACUAGACAGGAAUACUAGAGCAUGGACCAAGGAGACCGGAUCACCAGGGACAGAUGUUUUGUCUGGGUCAGGUCAGGCCUCAGAUGGUCCCAAGCUCAUCUGCAAACCCACUGCGCUGGCCAACUAUCUUCUCCGGCACUGUGGCUCUCUUGCCAGGCCAAGACUGGCCUCCUGGCCCAGGGGAGACCCCCACCUCCAGACUCUGUCCAGCAUGCUAUGUGGACAACAAGGAGACACGUUACAGUUCACUAGAGACCAUCUGUUAUUAAGAGACGGGGGUAUCGUUGCUCUGGACUGGGCUGUGGGAACAAGACUGGGUGAGGCGGCCGGGAGGAAGAGGUGGGAGGGGAGGAAAGAGCAUCAGUCAGGGGGAAAGGCGCUAGGCUGCUUCACCACGACGCCUCCUGUCCUCCUCGUCAUCCCUCAGUCCUGGGGAGGGAUGACCCCCCACCUAAAGGUGCUGUGCCAUCAGGCAGUGCAACAGGGCUUUUAUGUGGUGGUGUUUCACGCUCGAGGCACAGCUGGGUGCCCGCUGACCACAGCCCGAAUGACUGAGUUUGGAGACCCAGUUGAUCUUGAGCAGGUGGUGACUUUUGUCCACAGCCGCCACCCAUCCUCUGUGCUGGUUGCUGUGAGUGAGGGUUCAGGCUCAGGGAUUCUUCUUUCCUACUUGGGGGAGUCUGGAUCAAGUUCACACCUGACAGCGGCUGCGGCCAUCUCACCUGUACUCUUGGGCCAGCUGUGGUUUGAAACAGCCAUGCCUCCCAUUUAUCACUGGGGGGUUUUGCUUCAUCGGAAGCUGCAGCUCAGUAGAUACGCAAGUUCCUUUAGAGGAGUCCUAGAUGUGGAUCGGGCCCUCAGAUGUUCCUCCCUCAGACACUUUGAGGAAACUCUUUUCUGUUCUUCAGCUCAGCUUCAGCACAAGGACCCCAGACCUCCAAUAAGCUCUCUAAAUUCUGGACUGAGCUCAGGAUCUCGUUCGCCUCAGGGCCUGGCACCCUCAGUGGCCUGGGCACUGGGCGAGAGGGCUUACCCAGCCAACAACUGGGACAGCUACUGGGAGAGGAAUGAACCACUGAGAGAUGCAGAUGAGGUGGCGGUCCCUGUGCUUUGUAUCUGCAGCCAAGAUGACCCUCUACUUCCACCGGCAUCCACUUUACCCGUUCCCCUUUUCCAAAGCAAUCCUUAUUUCCUCCUGGCGCUGACAGACAGAGGAGGGCACUGUGGAUUCGCUCUGGAGAGCCAAGAAGAGAUAGAGGGUGAGAGGACCGGAAAUAAGGAGGCGGAGGACGGUAACUGGAGUCUUAUUGUAGUCCUGGAGUACUUCAGAGUAGUGGCUGAUUUCCUGAAAGGGGAGGAGAGGGAAGGGGCAAGCCGGGGUGGUCCAAUAGGAGAAUAUAUUCAGGCUGGGCAGAGGAGCAGGACCAACAACACGGCUAACCCUCGCAGGAGGAGAGCCACCAUGAUGAGAAGGCCAAGACCACAGGUCCCUGAGGAGAGCAGUGUAGAUGCAGAGGAGGGGAACUUCACCUGGAAGAGGUCAUACACACGCUGACGGGGGAAAAGACGGUGAAGGAUUAGAUCUGCAGAGAGAAAUAUUAUCAACUUUGGACGAUAUUUUGCGUUUUUCCUUGAUAAUCUCGAGUUACGUCUGUAGCUGCAAUGUAUCAGCAGUAUAAGUGCAGUGGACAACUGUUCAGAAAAAUAAAUCUAUGGUAAAACAUACAUUAUUCUUUACUGAGCCAAAUUAGUAAAAGAGCCAUGACCUUUUGGUAAAGACAAUCAAAGACAACAUGUUCUGCAAACAUGGCUUCCCUGGUUUGAAAUU